GCUAUUCAACACCCGCACCGAACAACAAACAUGGCUGAUCCAGGCCCUCCAGUCCCUAUCGCCAUCGUCGGCCUGUCAUGCCGCCUGCCAGGCGGCGCGAACAGCCCAGAGCAGCUGUGGGAGCUGCUCGAGCGGUCGGGCGAGGCCUGGUCCCCGGUGCCAGCCGAUAGGUUCAACGAGGCAGCCUUCUACCACCCGAGCGGCGACGACCCAAACGGCACCAACAACCAUAGAGGCGGUCACUUCGUCGACGCAGACCUUGAGGAAUUCGACCAUGCCUUUUUCCGCUUAUCACCACAACAGGCGGCAGCCAUGGAUCCGCAGCAGAGGAUGCUGCUCGAGAUGUCAUAUGAGGCUCUCGAGGAUGCCGGCUGGACGCUCGAGUUGUGCGCUGGUUCCCAGAUUGCCGUCUACGCGGCAAGUUUCACAGCGGACUUUGAGCGGAAUCUCUACAGGGAUCCCCUCAACUUGCCAGUAUACUAUCUUACAGGUGUUGAAAAGGCCAUACUAUCAAAUCGAAUCUCACAUUUCUUUGAUUUGCAUGGCCCUUCUAUGACGAUCGAUACGGCUUGUUCUGGUGGCUUGGUGGCUGUACAUCAGGCCUGCCUGAGUCUUUAUGCUGGCGAGUCCGAUGCAGCUAUUGUUGCCGCUGCCAACUUGACAAUGGGCCCAGACCAGCGCAUUGGCAUGAGCACACUCCAUUUGACCAGUGGUGCCGGUCGUUGCUUUCCAUUUGAUAAGCGCGGUGAUGGUUACGGGCGCGGAGAAGGGGGUGUCGUGCUUGUCAUGAAGACUCUUGACAAGGCCCUGCGAGACCGCGAUCCCAUCCGGGCAGUCAUCCGCAGCACGGCCGUGAACCAGGACGGCUACACACCCGCCAGUAUCACGUACCCAAGUGCAACUGCCCAGGAGCAGCUCAUCCGCGAAGCAUACGCAAAAGCGGGCUUGUCACCCCUGGACGUGUCUUAUGUCGAGGCUCAUGGGACUGGCACAAGAGCGGGUGAUCUCGAGGAGCUCGCAGCCAUCGCUAAGGUGUUCACAAGUCCCGAUAUUGAGCGCUCAACGCCUCUUCAUGUGGGCUCCAUCAAGGGCAACAUUGGGCAUACUGAGAAUACGAGUGGCCUUGCUGGUCUGGUCAAGGCCAUACUUAUGCUCGAGCACCUUCAAAUUCCAGGUACAGCCGGCCUACGCGACCUCAAAGCCGGCCUACCCACUCAGAAGCUUGUUAUUCCCAAGAAACUCGUGCCGUGGCCGCAGGAUCCGAGCAGCGAACGAGAGAAAGUGCCUCGUGUGUCUAUAAACAGCUUUGGUUUCGGGGGCACAAAUGCUCACGCAAUACUCGAGCGUGCCCCGCACCAAUGUGCUACUCUUGCGCCUUCUCUCCCCCCAAAGGCUAUCCACCGUCCAUUCCUCUUCACUCUCUCCGCUAAUAGCCGUGAAUCCCUUCAGUCUUUGCUCAAAUCUUAUCACACUUGGCUGGGUCGCCCUGAGGAAGCGCUGCUACAAGAUAUCUCCUAUACGCUAUGCUGCCGUCGCUCUGCUCUGCCCUGGCGUUUCAGCUGCGUAGCCAGUGACCACGAGUCCUUUCGAGACCAAAUUGAGGCUGGCUUGAAGGCUCCUGAAAUACAGCCUGCCCGUAAGGCUCCUGUCGUAGUCUUUGUCUUUACAGGCCAAGGUGCUCAGUGGCUUGGCAUGGCUCGCGAGCUGUUGUUGCAAGAUACGCCUUCCUGUACUUUUCGCGAUUCGCUCCGUGCCUCGCGGGAUAUGCUUCUCGACCUGGGUGCCGACUGGGACCUCGAAAAGGAGCUUCUCCGCCCAUCCACGGAGGCCGCCCGACUGAAUACCGCACAGGUCUCCCAGCCAGCGACCACAGCCAUACAGAUUGCACUGGUUGCUCUUCUACAGAGCUUCAGCAUCAAACCAUGGGCCGUGGUCGGCCACUCCAGCGGAGAGAUCGCAGCAGCCUACACAGCCGGCCACUUGAGCGCACGACAGGCGCUCACGUUGGCCUACCACCGCGGCUUCAUGGCGGACGCUGCAAAAGCCAAGGGUCUGGGCCCGGGGGCCAUGCUAUCAGUUGGUCUCGGCGAGGCCGACGCCCUGCCCUUGACAAGAGAGCUCAGAAGAGGCAUCGCUAGCAUCGCUUGCGUCAACAGUCCUAGCAGUGUCACUAUCUCUGGCGAUGCUGACGCCGUCGACGAGGUCGUCUCACGCCUCGCAGCUACUGGCAGCCAGAACAGAAGCAGUCACACUUUCUACCGCAGGCUGAUCGUUGACACUGCGUACCAUUCUCAUCACAUGCAGGCUGUGGCUGAUGACUAUCGCUCAAGCCUUGCGGGCCUCAGCUGGGACGAGGAAGCACGUGCUAACCGCAAGGGAAUCCUCUUCUUCUCUUCCGUGUCUGGAGAUGUCAAGUCGGCCGGCUUCGGACCCGAGUACUGGGUCGACAACCUCGUGUCGCCGGUUCGAUUCCACGAUGCGAUGCAGACGCUGGCAAGAACCGAUUCUGGUACUCAACAUACCGUCUUUCUCGAGAUUGGGCCCCAUUCGGCUCUCGCAGGGCCAGUCCGCCAGUGCCUCACGAAUACGGAAAGGCCAAAGUUGUCUUUUGACUACUACUCAGUGCUGCAGAGGCACCUUGAUGCCCUUACGAGUACACUCGGCACUGCCGGCCGUCUGUUUGAGCGAAACGUGGGUGUUAAUCUAAAGGCUGUGUCAGCUUUGUCGAUGAACUCGAGUACUGGCGUCGUUCUACCAAACAUGCCAUCAUACAUCUGGGACCAUUCCCAGAAGCAUCACUUCGAGUCGCGAAUCAGCCGCGAGUACCGAAUGCGCCGCGAACCGUACCACGACCUCCUAGGCGUGCGUUCCAUGGACGACACGUCAAUCGAACCCCGCUGGCGACACAUGAUCGGCCUCAACACACUGCCAUGGCUCGGACAUCACCUUAUCGACUCACAGCCAGUCUUUCCUGGCUCCGGCUACCUCUGCAUGGUCAUCGAGGCUGUCCGGCAGAUCCACAGGGAACGCCACGCUGAGCAUCCGCUGGAGAUCAUAGCGCUAAGAGAUGUCUCCUUUCUGCGGGGGCUGGUGGUCCCUAACAUCCAGGGGCAGCGGACCGAAGUGCAGCUGAGCUUGACGCCGCAACCGGAUACGUUGCUCGCCUUCGAUUUUCGGAUCACGGCGGAGUGGGAUGGAGAGUGGCGCGAACACUGCAGGGGAACUGUUGAAGGGAAAUUGGCCACGGCAGAGUAUGGCGGCGAGGGGAUGGAGAGUGCUCAGUUGGGACGUCUGGCAUUGGCUGACCCCAGCGAUCUCUUGCUGGAGGACACAUCCGUCGACACGGAAGAGCUCUACCGUGAGCUCAGAGAGUCAGGGAAUACGUACGGGGCGACGUUCGCCAGCAUUCAGUCUUAUAUCCUGAAAGCUGAUGCUUCAAGUGCAACUGCCACGGUCCGAAUCCCCAACACCGCAGCUUUCAUGCCAGCACAGCACCAACAGCCUCACCUCAUCCACCCAGCAACACUCGAUACCGUGCUCCACACAAGCCUGCCCAUGGCCUUGCAGCAUCUAGGCCGGGCGUCGAUCAUGCCGGUUCAUAUCCAAGAGAUCCUGCUGUGCGCAUCGCCUGCGACGCCGCGCGAGCCGGGCUCCACGCUGGACGUGUUGACGGCGAUGAGGUCCAGCCGAUUUCACACCGCCGUUUCCGACAUCUCUGUCACGGCACAUGGUGAGGCGGUGCUGUCGGCCUCAGGGAUCGAGUUGCGAAGCCUCGCAUCUCGAUCAGACCGGGGCGUUGAGGACGCGGGCGGCUCUGUCCACGCCGAUGCUCUUGACAGCUUGGUCGUUGUCGCACGGCCCAGGGCCACGGGCCAAGAGUUGCUGAAGUGGCCACUAGGGAUUAGACUCCUCACCCGCCGCCACGACGAUGCAGAGCAGAAAUGGUUGGUCGAUCUAGCGGGCCAGUUGCGUGAGCGUUUUGGUCCGGUAUCACAGGAGAGCCUCCAUGCGAGGACAACAUGGCCCACAGCCAACUCUGACGAGCAGAGCACCUCACAGUGCUUUGUUGUGGUUGAGGAUCCGAUGAAACCCAUCCUCUCAGAUCCAGACUGCUUCGGUGCUGUUGUCUCCUUGUUAAAGCAGCCGGGACGUACUAUCAUCUGGCUCAGCCCAGACGAGCCUCUGCCCAUGCAUCAAAUCACCGGCGUGGCACGCACGGCUCACGCCGAGCUCGAAAUGCUGCGCCUCACGACCCUCCACGUCGCACCGGACCUGUUGUACGCGGACCACGAGAGCAUAUGCAGCCGGUUGCUUGAUGUGCUGGCCCGCGUCCUUGUCUCUGAGGGCGCUGAUCAGGAGCGAGAGUACCGGGUGAACAAGGCUGGGACAGUUCUGGUGCCACGCCUUCUUCCUGAAUAUUCACUUAACCGGGCUGUUCGCGAAGACGCCACAGCACUCACUGGCGUUGCGUCUCGGCGGUUCCUCGACGAUUCCCGGACCUUUGCCAUCCUGUCGGGAGGCGAUGCAGCUCCAACUCUACAUGCGCCUCAUGCAACUCAGUCACAUGUCUUCCAAGAAAUCGAAAGGAGGCCGCUUCAACUUGCCGACAACCAGGUCGAAUUCGAGACGGAAGCUUUUGCCUUGUCUGAAGACGGGCUCAGGGCAUCUCACCACAACACAUACGCAGGCAUCAUCACCCGAACAGGCGCCACAGUCCAUGGCUUGGCCCCAGGAGACCGUAUCGUCGCCGUCGGGGAAAGGAUCGGUGCCAACCGGCUGGUCGUUCCGCGCACAAAGGCCGGACGAUUGCCGCCAGGCAUUUCCCCAUCAUUGGGGUCAACCAUGAUCCUCCACGCCAUAGCGGCGUCCCACGCUCUAAGACAACUAGCACGUUUGCCACGCAAAGGAAAUGUCCUGAUCCACGGCGCACUCACCGCUGUGGGUAGGGCAACAGUGGCCGUCGCCCGCCACUUGGAGGCAAUAGUCAGCGUCAGCGCCGCCAGCUCUCAGGAAGCUCGCCGUAUGGUGGAUGAGCUCGGCGUCGCAGUCGACCGCGUCGUGGUGAUCCACCGGUCGAGAUCACCCAAGAAUGUCUCUGUCAGAAGCGUUGAUAUCAUUGUACAGGCCCAAGAGGGCCAGGUUCCUACCCAGAUCCUGGGCCACCUGAGGCCCUUUGGUUCCGUCGCGGUCCUUGGAUCCCAAGACUCUCGUCCGAAGAAGCAGGAAGAUCAUUCACGCUGGGAUAUUCCACAAAACUUUACGGUAUUCUUCUGUAACGUCCUAGAGCUCCUGCGCGAGUGUCCAGAGGUCCUAGAUUCCGACCUUGUGGCACAGGCUGCCGCCGCCCUGUGCUAUCUGCCCGUCACAGGCUUCGAUUACUGCGUGCGCCCCGUCAAACACAUGGCCAAAGCUCUCCGCCUCAUCGAGGCAGGCACUUGUGCCACAGUUGCUGUAACAGCAGAUGCAGACGCAGUCAUACCGGUGGCGAUGUGUCACGAGACGCAGGCUUCGGCCUGGAGCACAAGAGGCGCAUCUUACCUUGUCUCCGGGGGGCUGGGCGACUUGGGUCGACGGCUGUUGUUUUUGAUGGCUCGGCGUGGUGCAAAGCACCUGAUAACACUUUCAAGGAGGUCUAUCGGCGUCGAAGACCACAGCCGGCUACAGGCUGAGCUCAGGAACAUCAGCAAAGACUGCAACCUGUAUUGCGUGACUUGCGAUAUCACUGACUAUGACAGCCUUGGACAGGCCGCUGCUCGUAUAAACCAGCUCGGAAUACCUCCCGUCAGAGGUGUCAUUCAGUCCGCCGCUGACCUGACACUCGACUCGAUGACGUACGAGGACUUCCUGCUGGCCACCUGCGUCAAGGUCCAGGGCACGAUCGCGCUUGAGAGGACCUUCGAGUCGCCCCACUUGGAUUUCUUCAUCAUGCUGUCCUCGGCGGUCAACAUCCUCGGCUCCAGCGGACAGGCUAACUACAACGCCGGUAACAGUGUCCAGGAUGCUCUGGCCUAUGCCCGGCGGGGACGGAGAUGUCGGUACAUGUCACUGAGUCCCGGGUGGAUCGAAGAUGCUGCGUUCACUGUCGAUCUAUCCCGCUAUCUAGACCACGCCCUCAGCGCCGCUGACGGCGAACCGCGCCCGACACAAGCCGUCAUCGGGUUCGACGCCGCCUCCCUCUCGACGGCUACCACCCACAACGGCACCCUGCACUCUCCCCUAUUCAGCCACGUCCGUGGUCCGCCUCCGUCCACAGCGGCCGGGCAAAUAUCCGUAUCCUCUCCUACCGACCCGGCGCCCUCCUUCACACAGGCGCUCGCCAGUGGCGACCCGAGCCUGGCCGCGGACAUCGCCGCCGCGGCCGUGGCGGGCCAGCUCGCGCGCCUGAUCUCUGUGGACGCCAGGCGCAUCGAUGUCCACAAGACCUCGGUGCUAGACCUGGGCGUGGACUCGCUCAUCUCCAUCGAGCUGCGCAACUGGGUCAUGCGGGAGUUUGAUGCGACUCUGCAGUCGUCAGAGAUCCUGAUGGAGCAGACCAUGCAUGGACUGGCUGAGAGGAUUGUGGCCCGCACCGCGUUGGCGGCGGCGGCGUCUCCGUCUACAGGUCUGGAGAGCACCCAGGACACCGACGAGAAGAGGUCAUUUGUUACGACGCUGUCUGGCACCACAUCACCCUCGACAAAUCUCCCUCGACCAUCGCUGCAAGAUCUGCUGAGCUCCUUCGCCGCAUCUAGAGCAGCUGUCGACUCCCCAGAAGAACAAGCCAUCACCAACGACGCCAUACGCCAGCUCAUCAACGAGCACGGCGAGUCCAUCCAGCGUGCUCUGCAUGAUACCCCAGAAAACCUCCUCGACGAGGCCUACGAGCGACAGAUCUACCUUGCGCGCCGUGAGCCCCUUCAGGACUACAGCACCUUCUACCUGGCCCACCCGGUCGCCACCACACCCCACACUCAGGUCGACCGCGCCACGCUUCUGACCACCGCAGCCACAAGCUUCGCACGUCGCCUUGCCCUCGGCGAGCUACCACCCGACGAGCUGCACGGCGCGCCGCUGGACCCUGAGGCUCGCCGCUGGCUGUUCCACGCCACCCGACGGCCUGGCCUCGAGGUGGACCACAUGGAGCGCCACCCUCCGAGCUACAGCAUCGUCGUCCUCCGGCGCGGACACGCCUUUCAGAUGACCUUGCCUGGGGUCGAAGAAGCGCUGCAGCCCUCUGCUGUCCGAGCAGCCUACGAGGCUAUCAUUGACGCUUCGAACGAGCCCACGCCGGCCGUCGGCGCACUCACUGCAGACGACCGCCCGUCAUGGGCGCGCGCCCGCGCCCAGCUCGAGCUCGACUCGACCCGGGCAGACGCUCUGGCGGCCAUCGACAGGUGCGCCUUUGUCGUCUGCCUGGAUGACGAGGCGCCGUCGACGAGCGGAGAGCGGCAUAUGCAGUUCCUGCUAAACGGCCCCAAGGCGCACCUGUCGAAUCGGUGGCUAGACAAGCCGCUGCAGCUGGUCGUGGCCGCCAAUGGCUGCUCAGCUGGUGUCUAUGAGCAUUCCAAGCUCGACGGCAUGGAUGCUCGCCUGCUACACCACCAUCUGACAGAGUCUGUUCUCGCCCACCAGACUCAUGAGGAGGUCCAGCCCGACCUCGCCGGCCCAGAACCUCAGCCAGCACAUUGCCAGGUCCGUGAGCUGGCCUGGACGCCAACCGAUCAGACCCUUCUCCAGCAGAUCGACCGCAUCCGCCUCCGCGGCCCGUCCUCCUACGGCACCGUCGACCACCGCAGCGUCGAGAUCGAGGCCAUGGGCUUCGAACGCCUCCGCACCCACCGCGCCGCGCCCAAUGCGACGGCACACCUGGCCGCGCUGCUGGCGGUGCGCAUCGUCGACAGCUGCGACGGCAGCCGUGAGGUGCUGCGCCCGGCGUGGGAGAUCGUCUCGCUGGCUCCCUUCUCAUGCGGGCGGAUCGACUGGGUGCAGACCGUUACACCGGCAGUGAGGGCUUUUCUCGAGGCGGCG